CAAGUGUGCAAAACCAAUAAAUUCACGUCAACAGUUAUAUAGGCGCGUAAUAAGCUUCUCAGUUUCAUUUUGGUUCCUCAUAACGGUCGGCAACUAUCACGGGAUCAUGAAAACUGUAAUAAUUUUAGCAGCCUUCACUGCUCUGUCUUCAGCUUUUGAGUGGACCGAUCUCAGAGUCAGGUGGAAUGGAUCAGAUACCUUACAUCAGAAUAGCUUCUUCGAAAUUCCACGUACCGCCAACAGCAGCAUCUCCGAAGGCUGGGUCAGUGUCCCACAUGUCAAUGAUCAUCCAGUGACAGUUUACUGUCCCAAAAAUGAUGGCCGCUUCUGCGUCCUUACUGAUUCCUACGGUAACAUCGCUGGUAUUCAAGUCAGUGUUCUCGCCAGUGACAUCGACAACAAAGGAAUUCCAUACGACCCAUCCACCAUCGCCGCCUACAAGAAGAAGACCUUAUUCGGCGAAGACUACUGGACCACCACUGUAUACACUGUCGAUCCUAAUCUGAUCGAUGCUGGAGGCCGUAGAGACGCAAAAGGACUCAUCAUGACUACCGGUGUCUGGGUCGAAGAGGGUGACAGCUACAUGUACAUCGACAAGAACUUGAAUACCUUGUUGAAAACAUUAGAUUUCCGUAAAAAUAAUUGUUUCCCUAGCAUGGGUCAUCAUUAUUACCUCAAACUGGACGAAAAUCAAGAUUGUAAGGAGAUUUCGCCGUACUUCCUUAUGUAUUCUGGCAACGACUUGACCGUCCUUGGAUUUUUGGCAUUUGGACGUCCCACCACGUUAAAUCGUCCUUGGUAUGAUGCACUUGACUGGACUGCAAUCAAGCCCACCAUUCCUAAACCUCCUGCCUGCUUAGUCGAUUGGGGUAGAGAAUAUGGUAUUAUUACCAUGCACAUUUUCUUGGUUGAGAAACCCUGGAAGAUCACCUGUUGAUCUCUUCUGCCAUUGCUGUAUGGAUUGAAUGAAUAAACAUCUGUUAAAAAUUA